UUGUACCCAAAAUUGGGUACAAUGGGAUCUAUAAUAUUACGGAGUAUUUGCCAACCUAACACACCUAGCCGGGCUAGCCCCCAACUCUUUCGAUGUUACGGACUCCGUAAUACGGAGCACUGUAAUUCCUCAUUUCCUUCUCCAAACGUGAAGUUCUAACCCUAAUCUUCUUCUCUGCCCGUCUUCAACACAAUGCGUCACCUCAUUCGUCGCAGUUUCUGCGAUGUGAUCCCCGCCACCACCCGCAUCCUCAAUUCAAGAGCUCCGCCGCCUAUUCAGAGCGCCUAUUGUUCUUCUCGGAGAUGGUAUGGACUGGUGCCGAUGGUCAUAGAGCACUCUUCUCGCGGGGAGAGAGCCUAUGACAUAUUCUCGAGGCUUCUCAAGGAGCGCAUAAUCUGCAUCAAUGGACCCAUCAAUGACGACACUUCCCACGUUGUUGUUGCCCAGCUCCUCUUUCUCGAGUCCGAGAACCCAACCAAGCCCAUCCACAUGUAUCUCAAUUCGCCCGGAGGUGCAGUCACAGCAGGUCUUGCUAUCUAUGAUACAAUGCAGUACAUUCGAUCUCCCAUCAAUACCAUAUGCCUAGGCCAGGCAGCAUCUAUGGCCUCUCUACUUUUAGCUGCUGGUGCCAAGGGUGAGAGGCGAUCUCUCCCUAAUGCAACAAUUAUGAUUCACCAGCCCUCUGGUGGAUACAGUGGACAAGCUAAAGAUAUGACAAUUCACACAAAACAGAUUGUUCGGGUUUGGGAUGCACUAAAUGCAUUGUACUCGAAACACACCGGGCAAUCUGUGGAUAUAAUUCAGAAAAACAUGGACAGAGAUUAUUUCAUGACCCCUGAAGAGGCAAAAGAGUUUGGGAUAAUUGACGAGGUCAUAGAUCAAAGACCACUCUCUCUGGUGACUGAUGCUAUUGCUGAGGAGUACAAGGAUAAAAGUUCAACCUAGAAUUUGGCAUUGCGGUAACAUCGUUUUCGUAUUGUGGACUCUAUUCAAUGAAUCAGUAGUUACUAUCCCCCUCCUUGUGUAAAGAGGUGCAUGACUUAGUUGAUUAUCAGUUGCUCCAAGAAGUCUUCUCCCUAUUGACUAAAUUUUUUAAACACAAGUAAUUAUAAUUGGAGCCAUGCUACAAACCCACCAAGGAUGACACCUUAGUGUUUCGAGCACAAUAUAUUUCUCACCCGACACGUGCGAAAAAUAGCCUAUAGUGUCAACCUUGGUAUUAGACUUGGUGGGUCUCUAGCAUUUUUGUUAUAA